AUGUCCAAGCGGAAGUCGCCCGGCCAGGACGCGGCUUCCAGCCCGGAUCUACCGCUUGAGCGCGUCGUCGGGCUAACAGCUCUGUGUCCGCGGUCGCUGGCGUGCUCCCCGGUCUCAACCUCUCUCAUUGCCUACACGGCAGGAUGCGUGGCGGUGCUGUACGACGCCCGGAAGGACCAGCAGCUGCACCUGCUGCGCGCACCAGGCUCUCCUCGAGCGCUCAGUGCACUGAGCUUCUCCCCUGACGGCGCGACGCUCGCUGUCGGAGAGCUCGGCGCGCACUCGACGGUGCUCUUGUACGAUAUCUCGACGGGGGCGCUCGCGCGGGUCCUCAAAGGCGCCCACACGCAGUCCAUUCGGGACGUGCAGUUCUCCAGCGAUGGCAGCACGCUCGCGUCCGUGGGCACGCGCCAAGACGGCAUUCUCGCAGUCUGGCACGCACAAUCAGGUGCGCUCCUCGCGAAGCACGAGCUCACGGAUCCUGCUCGGGCGGUCGCCUUCUCGGAGGACGGCACGCACAUCACGCUCGCGGGCCCCAGGUCGGUCCAGGUGUACCCGGCGCCCCCCGCGCCCACGCCCGGCGCGCCGCCGGCGCUGCACACGGCCACGCCGCGCCCCGCGCGCCUCGGCAACCUCAGGAGCUCGCGCGUCGCGGCCGUCGCGCCCGCCCGCGCGGCCAACGGCCCGGGCUCCUUCUUGGUGACGUCGGAGGGCGCGCUGAUCGCCAUGAAGCCGUCCGGGCUGCUGGUGAGCAAGUGGCUGAGCCUGAAGGUCCGCGCGGCCUUCUCCGUGGACGCGACGGCGCGGCACGUGGCGUGCGGGUGCAGCGACGGCGUCGUGCGCGUGUUCAGCGCCGCCACGCUGCAGCACGUGGCCAACAUGCCGCGCCCGCACGCGGUCGGGCACGAGCCCGGGGGCGCGACGAAGAGCACGCUGCUCGCCGGGGCCGACCCCGCGGAGGAGGGCCUCGGGACGGAGCCGACGUACCCCGACGCGGUCGCGCUCAGCUUUGGCGGCGGCGGCGGCCAGCUGUCCGUGGUCUACUCGGACCGCUCCGUGUACGUGUACAAGACGUCGGAGCUGCCCAAGGUGACGAAGCUGCGGGUGAUCGCCGGGCACGCGGCGUGCAUCUGGGGCCUGUCUGCCGCGGGCCUCGGCAUGAGCAGCGGCCUGACGUCGGCGUUCACCACGUGCUCGGCCGACGGCACGGUGCGGUUCUGGUCGCUCACGGGGCAGCGCGAGGAGGGCCCCGCGGCGCUGCACUGCAAGACGGUGACCAUCUCCGCCGCCGCGGCCGUCGCGUGCUGCCGCCCCGUGCCCGUUGUCGCGGGCGAGGCGCGCCCCGCACCGGGCGCCGCCAGCGGCCUGCGCUCCGUGUGCGUGCACGAGGGCCUGGGCCACAUGGCCGUCGGCGACCUCACGGGCAACGUCCACGUGAUCGACAUGGCCAAGCUCGAGCGCACGCACGUCCUCGAGGCACAUGACGACGAGGUGCUGUCGCUGGGCUUCAGCGGGCGCAGCGACCGCAACCUGACCUCGAACGAGGCCGGCGGCGCGCGUGGCGUGCGGCUGGCGUCCGCGGGGCGCGACGGGCUCGUGCACCUGUACGACGCCGACGGCGCGUACGCGUCGGUCGGCACGCUGGACGCGCACGAGGGUCCGAUUCCGUCGAUCCGGUUCACGACGGACGGGGCGCGGAUGGUGACGUGCGGCGCGGACGGGCGCGUGGCGUUCUGGCUGCUCGCGGACGAGGGCAGCCGCGACGCGGAGGCCGCGGUGCCGUACGCCGUGUCGGUGCCCGAGUGCGGCGGCGCGGCGUACGACGUGGACAUCGAGCUGACCGGGCAGUUCGCGUACUCGGUCGGGGAGGCGCGGUCCGUCGGGGUGUGGGACCUCGCGUCGGGGGAGUGCAUGGUGUGCCAGGAGGUCGUCGGGGCCACGGGUGCGGCGCUGCGGGUCGCGACGGACCCCUCGGGCAUCAUGGCGGCGUGCGCGGGGGCGGACCGCGCCGUGCGGAUGCUCGACCUCAACACCGGCGAGACGCUCGCGUGCGGGACCGGCCACGGCGACAUCGUCACGGGCGCGCUGGUCACGCAGGACUGCCGCCGCGUGGUGUCGUGCGGCGCGGACGGCCUGCUCAUGGUCUGGCGCGUCCCGGACGAGCUGGCCGACAUGGCGCGCACGCGCCUCGCCGACGCGCUGUCCGAGCGCAUCGAGACCCGGUCCGCCGCGGCAGCGACCGCCUCGAACGGCGCGGGCGUCGACGUCUCGAUAGACCUCGCAGGGCUGCAGGCGCGCGGCAGCCCCGGCGUGGCGGCGGGGGGGCGCCCGGGGGCGCGCGCGGCGGCUGCGCCAGACGCGUCCGUCGACCUGUCGAUGGGGCUGGGCGCGCGCGCGGCGGACGCGACGAUCGUGUCGCUGGAGAAGCUGCCCAAGUGGGCGCGGGGGGGCGCGGGCAGCGGGAGGUCCACGCCGGCGUCGAGCCGGCCCGGGACGCCCAAGAUCGGCGGGGGCGCAUCGACGGGCCCGAGCACGCCGCGCGGGAAGUGGGCCGGGCGCACGCAGCAGCAGGCGCUCGGGCCGUUGGGCGCCGCGGGCGAGGACGGCGGGGCGCCGGUCGCGCCGCUGUGGGGCCAGCUCAUCGCGAGCAACGCGGAGACCGGGAGCGACGACGGCAUGGUGACGUUCGACGAGGACGGCGGCGCGGACGAGAACUUCACGGUGGUGGACACGGUGGUGGGGCGCGCGGCGGUGGCGGCGGGGGCCGCGUCGCCGGAGCGCAUGUCGGCGUCGUCGCAGAACCUCGAGGCCCUCGAGGACGCCGUCGAGGCGAACGCGGCGCCGGGCGUGCGCGGGUCCGUCGCGCUGGAGUCGAUCCAGGCCAUGGCGGGGGAGGCAGGCGGGCCGGGUGCGCGCGACGGGGACGCGGGACCGCCGUCGCCGUCGCCGGGGACGCCGCAGGCGGUGGGCGCGUCGCCUGGGAGCCCGACGCAGGCGGGCCGGCGCGUGGGCGGCAGCAGCGGGGGGAGUCCGCUGCGUCAGUCGGUGUCGGCCCAGUACCGCAGCGCGAACAGCAGGGGCCGGGCGAAGUGGGCGACCCCGGAGGGGUCGGAGUCGAUCCGGGCUGCGCGGGAGCGGCUCGCGAGUGGCGCGGGCGGUCCGCUGCGGGCGCCGGGCUGGGCGGCGCGACCGGACGUGCAGCACAUGCGGCGGCGCAUGCAGGAGCUGAGCAGGGGGGGGAGUGUCGGGGACUCGCCGUCGAGCCGGACGGACGCGUCCGAGGCGAAGGUCGCGCGCACCACUGAGGCCCAGAGCGGCGUGCGGCCCGCGCAGGACGCGCGCACAGAUGCGGCGGCCGGCGACGGCGCUGCCCCCUCGCACGAGGCGCCUUCGCCCAGCACGCCGCUUGACGUGCUUGCGCCGGACGCCACGUUCACGAUGGGGUCCUCGCACGACCGCGGCUCGAAGACGCGGAGAUCCGCGGGGCUCUCCGCGAGCGAGUCGAACGGCCUGCACGCAGCGCCGACCGCGGCCCCCCCCGCCACGCCACCGAAGACCGCGGCGCAGCGGCAGUCGGAGGGAGGCGCGUCGGACGCGAUGGUGGAGCUCGGGGACACCGCGCCGGACAUGCCGGAGGCCGCGUCGCCCGUGACGGGCGCGUCGCUGCCCCUGGUCAGCGAGCCCGCGCCCUCGCCGGAGAAGCAGCCCGCGGCGCGGUCCUCGGUGGGCAUGGCCAAGAUCCGCCAGGGUGCGCUCGGGGGCGGCGCAGAGCAGAAGAAGCCGAACAUCAUGUACACGCUGCCGUCGUCGCCAGCGCCACCGCCGGAGCCGCGCCCUGCGCCCGCGGCGCCCGCCCCGCGCGACGAGGCCCGGAACAUGAUGCAGCUCCUCGCGCCCGCGCCUGCGCCGGCCUCGCCGUCGCGGCCCGGGACCGCGCGCACGCCGCAGUCCCCGGGCAAGGACGAGUCCCCCCGCCCGACACGCGCCCCCAAGCUCAAGCCUUGGUCGCCCCGGAAGGAGGACCUGCCGCGGUCGUCGCUGUCGGGCAAGCAGGGGCGGGAGUCGGUGCGGCUGUCGCUCUCCCGCGUCCGCGCGGACGGCGCGGUGUCGGUCAGUCUGACGGUGGAUUCGCUGUCCGAGUUGCGGCGCAGCUCGGGGCAGAACUCCGCGCCGGUGUCGCGCUCGGGGAGCCUCGCGGGGAGCCUGCGGAUGUCCGGGAGCGGCGCGCCGAAGUCGCACGGGUGGUCGCCGAAGGACGAGGAGGCGCUGAACCCGCCCGCCCGCCACGGGAGCCUCCCGUCGCAGCCCGCACCGCUGGCAGCGCCGGCCCCCGCGGCGAAGGACGCCAACGCGCGGCCUUCGGCCGGCGCGGCGCUGAAGUCCCUCGCGGCACGGGCCUUCAACCGGCGCGCGGGGCGCAGCCGUGGCAGCGGCACGUGGCCCCCGCGGCAGGGCCCAGAGGUGCCGCAGACCGCCGCCGAGGUCGCCGCCCACGACGAGGCCGCCGCGGCGGGGCGGAAGGCGCCGUGGCUCGGCGCGACGCCGCUCUCGGCGCCGCUGAACGAGCCCCCGCCAACGCCUCCGGCGCGAGACUCGGGCGUCAGCGAGGGGCUCGACGAGCGGGAGACGUCGCAGCUGGAGUCAGCGGUGUCGCCCGCGACGGGCGCGGAGAUCAUGCUGGGGCCCCAGACGGACGCGGCGGAGAGCGCGCCGCCGCAGCCGGUCCCCUCCGCGCCGCCAGCGCAGGCCCUGCCGUCGCCGGCUUCGCGCACGGGGAUGCUCGUCGCUGCGAGCGCCACGCUGCGCGACGCCACAGAGGCGCUCCGUGGGAUCCAGUGGCUCUCGAGCGCGGACGGCGCGCCGCCUCCGGCCACGGAGGACCUGCAGCGCUCGCUCGCGGCUCUCGAGUUGGAAGCCAGGAAGAUCCGAGAGGCCUUGGCCAGCCGCGGAGCCCCGCUGCGCGCCCCGGCCGCUGCGUCGCUCGAGGCGCUGGAUCCGUUCGCGUCGGAGGCGGGCCUGGGCCUCGGGCUGGAGGCUCGCCUGGACCAGUCGAUCGAGCGGCAUAGCAACAAGUUGGCGCAGGUGCUGGAGGAGCGGCUCGCGAAGCGCCUCGAGGAGCGCAUGGCGGAGAUGCUGGGUAGCCUGGACUUGCACGGGAGUGGCAGGCAGGGGCAGGGAGGAGCGCGGGGACAGUGA